CAGGGGUCCCGCCCGCGGAGAGGCGGGGGCGAACCGGGGCGGGCAGAACUCCUCGUUCGUGGCUCUGUCCAAGGUCUCUUGGAAUCGCUUCUCCUCCCGAGCGCUGUGCCAGCGUCACGACGCUUUCCUUCUUUCCUAGAUAACUUUAAUUAUUUUCUGGUCAGAUGUGGAGCUCCUCCUGUGGCUCCGCUCGGCUUUUUCAUCACUACUUCGAUGGACAAGUGACAGAGUCAGCUCCCUCCUACGGUCGAGACAAGAGACUGUUUUUUUUCCUGUGGUUGUUGAGGGAGUUCUGUCAGUCUGGCAGGUUCGGCACAUGCUGCACCUCGUUCUUUUAUGCUGUCUGUGCAGAACUGUGACCUUGCAGUAGAGAGGCCUCUGGGACAGAAAACGUCAAACUACAGAAACGGGCAUUUUUUUUCUAAUGUUUUUCUGCCCUGGAUCCGUUCAGUUGUAGAACUUCUAACAUUUAAGUGACAUCUCAGUGGAGGGUAGAACACGGACACAGGAAGAAUCCAAAAACAACUGAAGACCAUGGCAACACACUGGAGAAGAAUCCUGACAGUAUUUGUGACAGCUCAAGUACUGUUCGUGGUAAAUGCCUUUGAAGAAGAGGACGUACCAGAGGAAUGGAUUCUUCUUCAUGUUGUCCAAGGUCAGAUUGGAGCAGGAAACUACAGCUAUUUGAGACUAAAUCACGAGGGAAAGAUCGUUCUUCAGAUGCGGAGUUUAAAAGGUGACGCAGACUUGUAUGUGUCUGACGUGACACUGCACCCCAGCUUUGACGAGUACGAGUUACAGUCGGUGACUUGUGGCCAGGACAUCGUGCACGUGCCCGCACACUUCCGCCGCCCUGUGGGAAUAGGGAUUUACGGGCACCCCUCUCACCUGGAGAGCGAGUUUGAAAUGAAGGUGUACUACGAUCGAACUGUGGUACAGUACCCGUUUGGUGAGGCUUCUUACAACCCUGAGGAGAUGGAGGCAAACCAGAAAUACUCACAGUCUACAGAAGAUGAAUCUCAGGAUGAGGAGUCUGUUUUCUGGACUAUACUUAUUGGAAUCUUGAAAUUAAUACUUGAAAUCCUUUUUUAAAUUGAUACACACUGGACUUAAGUCACACUUCAUCCUGUGAAAUUGGUAUGAAUGACUUGCUGUUAUACUUAAUACUCGCUAUGUUUCCUGAAGAGAUAUUUAGGUUACAUUUCCAAAACCAGAAAGGAAGUGGGGAGAAAAAGCCAUAUUUAAUUUUAUAUUGAAAAUCCUCCCCAAUAUGUAAAAUGAGCAGCCAGGACAGUAUUUGCAGUGCUCUUCAGAGACCAGGGCUUAAAAAUGAAUGUAUAGUUGUGAUCUUGUUAAAUUCACUUAAAAUAGGUGCUUAGGAAAAUCAAUUCCAAUUCAGUAUUUUCUAUUGUUUUUUAUAAAGAAAAAUGAAUAAACUACUGCGCUUCGGUCCCCCUCUCAAUUUAGAGCAUAUUUAAAAAUAAAACCUGCUUCCUUUUCUGAGCAAGCACCUCCAGUAAAACUGAUCAGCGUGUUUGAGUGUAUCCAUGAAGUUGAGGAGCUUAGGGUGAAGGAAGGAGAAAACAAUCAAUCACCUAAGGGAAUAGAUGUCUGUAUUCUUACUGCGUGUGCUCUACAUCACAUCAGCCAUCUGUCAAACAGAGGUUGGUCCAGUCACUCAUCACCACUACAAAUCCAUGACCUGAAUCAAGUGCAUGUUGCUUCUUGGCUAUUACUGCAGGAAGAGGGAGCCUUCAGCUGUUGUUAGUUGUCAAUAUGACAUUUUUGUCUCAUUAAAAACAACACAGCAUACAGGUAUCUCAAACUUGAGAGGUGCUUUCUUACACUUCCCUUGAUAGCUUUUUGUGAUUGAUUUUUUUUCCAAGGACAUAUUUAUGAAUAAGUCAUUACCUUGCUCAGAAAAUUUCUGCUGAAAGGGAUUUGCAGUAUAUUGUAAGAAGGUCAUCUCAUGCCUACUCUUCCUUAGAAGUUACUUUUACCAGGAAUACUUUUUGCUUUGGUUGAGUAUUUCAGAAUAACCAGUUGCUAUGCAAAUAAAGUACAUUACAUUGCUCUGUAAUUUUCUUUUCACAGGGCUUACUGAUAAGUGCACUGAAAUAAACAAGUAUGUUGCUAUAAUUUUAUACAAA